GAGUAAUAACUUGUUCCCAGAAAAGUGUGCACAAUUGUUGUCAAACAUCCAAACUUUUCGAGAGUUCGAGAAUAGUCCCAACGAUAUCGUCGAUAUAUCGAAAUGGUCGGCAUAAGUAGCUUCCUGCUCGCUUGUGUCUCACACGAGGGAUGUUAAGAGGCAUUAUUUUACUCUUAUUGCAAAAUUUUUUCUAAGAACAAAAGUGUCGAACGCUUAGAUCAUUAAAAAAGACUGAUAUCAUUAAUAUCGAAUAGUGGGUGUUAUCAUAAUAAGUUAGCGUAAUGGCAUUAAACCCUCAGUAUGAAGUUAUUGGGAAGGGUUUCGUGCAGCAGUAUUAUGCGCUGUUUGACGACCCUGCUCAAAGACCAAGUUUAAUAAAUAUGUAUAAUACCGAGUCAUCUUUCAUGACGUUUGAAGGUUUACAAAUACAGGGUGCUAUUAAAAUAAUGGAAAAAUUAAGUAGUUUAACGUUUCAAAAAAUUAAUCGGAUAAUAACUGCUAUUGAUUCACAACCAAUGUUUGAUGGUGGAGUACUCAUUAAUGUUUUAGGAAGGUUGCAGACUGAUGAGGAUCAGCCUCAUGCAUACAUCCAGACAUUUGUCCUGAAGCCAAUCGGCACCAGCUUUUACGUGCAGCAUGACAUCUUCAGACUUGCUCUGCACGACACCGUUUAGGCGUCAGGUAUUGAUAUUCCAUUGGUCUUCGUACCAUGGUACAGGCAGAUGAAGAUCCACCACAUGCCUUCUCACAGAUUUUUGUGCUGAAGCCACUGGGGAAUUCAUUCUUUUGCCAACACGACAUUUUCCGCCUAGGCAUUCAUGAUAGCGCGUGAAGGAAAAUUGUCUGCAAGUUCACCAUGGUUAAUAGCAGACAAAAAUCUGAACCAUGGACUCCCCAGAGAUUGAAAUAAGUGAGCUACUUUUUCCUUAAUAUCCUUUGUCAAUCACAUAUUAUUCCAUUUUUUCUAGAUAUUGCAAUUUUUAUAUAAAAAGAAACAAAUAUCCGCUUAUAUCUUGGCCACAAAAUAAGAAACAGGAGAGCAUUAAAAAUAAACAGUUUAAUAAUUGCCUUGCUUUCCUCAUUCUUUUAAAUACGCCUGUUGUUGAUUACAUGAUUACGAUAUUAUACCGAAAUAACAUGUUAUGUAAUCUUUGAUUUUGAUGGUCGACUAUCGUGCUUCGAAUUGUGUUAUUACAUAUUUUCUCUUCAUGCUGUAUGUAUUUUUGUAAAAUAGAUGCUGGCCACUAAAUACAACAUCUAAAAAUAAUAUUGUGAUGUUAGCUUCCAUUUUGCAGUAAGCAAUAAGAUUUUUAAUAUAAAUUGAAAGUAAUAGAAAAUAGUUCAACAUUAAAAUUAUUACAUAAAAUUAUUAAAUGCAAUAAAUAUGCAUAAUUCUAUGUAGUCUUAAAGUGAUUAUCUAGUUAUAAUUUAUAAGUUGCCGCGUUUAGCUUGUUCCAUUUCAAUAGCUUCAAACAGUGCUUGGAAAUUUCCAGCUCCAAAUCCCUAUAACAGAAAUAAAUAAAGUCAAUAUAUUUUUAAUAGGCUUAAUUUUGAACGAUUAUUAAUAAGUUUUAAAUUAUAAUAAAAAUACAUACUUUAAUUUUA